CAUGCUGCUAAUAAAUUUUUAAAAAUUUCAUGCUUCUUCUCUGUAGUUGAUGACCUGUACACUUACGUGACUUUAGAGUCAAAGUUAGUCACUACAUGCUGGUGAUAUUGAUACGUGGAGAUCUGUAAUUCUUGUCUUUUAUCUUCUUGAUUCAUUUUUUGGCCUAACAUAUUUAUUUUUAAAAGGUGGUUUCAAAUCCAAUCAAGCGUGGACAUAUACCUGCUUUUUCUUAGUAAUGGGUGGUCCAUUUUCCUACCUGUCUCUUUCUUUCCAUCUUUUGUUCCUUUUUCAUACAACCUAGUAUAAAGUUCAGUGUCAGUGGCUCAUGCAGCUCUCUAGGGGUAUUUGCGUUUGAUUCUCUCUUUUCUUUAAGCAGUAAACAAAGCAUGCAUAGUCAGUAAUAAGAGACAACGACUGCGAAUAAUGUAAUUUUUAUUGGUGGAAACACAUGCACCAUGCACCAACAACUGAUAAGAUAUCAACUAACUUUAUCAUCUUCCUCAUCUGUAUUAGUAUUUAAGUUGCAAUAUGAGUGUUAUGGAUACUAUCCUUCUAUCAGAAUUUACGCAAGAAAUACCAAUGGGAACUUUUCUUGGUCAUCUAUUGCCUGGGUUAGCCCUUGCUUCUCUUGGUCUGUGGCACAUUACAAACAUCCUGAGGGUUUACUUUCUGAAAGGCUCUGGCCAGUUCAUGUUAAGGCUUUGGUACCCAUUGAGAUGUCCACUUCGGAUGCUAGAGCACCUCGAGCUCAUACUUAUCCUGCUUUUUUCUUUAUUUGCAAUUCUGAUCCAGAUAGUAGACAUUCAACACCCUCACUUCUUCUUCGAGCUUGACAACGUUGAGCAUGCCACCAUGUUCUUCCAGCUAGUUAUGUUCACAAGUUUCACACUUUUUGCUGAGUUGAGUCAUUUAUCGGAAACUAUGUUAGGGGUCUCCUGCAUCCUAGUCGCCUCGAUUUUUGGGCAGGAGCUUUUCUUACUUCAUUACCAUUCCACCGAUCACGUUGGGCUUGAAGGCCAUUACCAUUGGCUGAUGCAGCUCAUAGUUUGUGUUUCGUUUCUGGCAGCUUUGUAUGCAACUGCUUCCCCGUCCAGCUUUCCUGCAGCGCUAAUUCUUUCGACAUCAGUCGUCUUCCAAGGAUGUUGGUUCAUAAACAUGGGGUUCAUGCUAUGGGUUCCUGAUUUUGUGGUGCGAGGAUGUACAACACAGGCGAUGAUUCAUAGCGAUGGCAUGAUGCACGGAGCAGUUGUGUGUGAGACGAAGGAGGCUGAGUCCAGGGCGAGAGCGUUGGCCAACCUGCAGUUCUGCUGGAUUCUCUCUUCAAUUUUGGUAUUUAUAGCAUGGAGCUGCGUAGCUUUUGGCAGAAAGGUAACGCAGAGGAGGCAGUCGCUUGAUUAUGAGGCGCUUUCGAGUCCAGGCGCACAUGACCCUCAUGUCACUGUUGGACUCAAACAGAUUCAACUCUGAGUUUUAUGUUUAGCUAAAACAAGUCAUCAAUCCAUUAGGAUGGUGGUAUUUUUAUUUUUAUAUGCUAGUGCAACAUCUAGCAGUGUUGUAGAAGAUGAUGUAUCACUAAAUAAAAUGUAUUAGGUGAUCAUUUUCGCUGAUUUGGCUAUGAUACGAAGGAAAAUGGAGUAUGUAUACAUAUACAUAUGAAUUUAUGCUCAAAUUACAAAUGAUGUUGCUUAGCCCUUGA